AUAAUCGUGACAAGAUAAGGGCACGUCUGGUGAGUAGGUCACAUAACAGGCAUUACAUCGAUCGGACGAUUCGUGAUUUAUCACAAUGGAUUUCAAAUCAACCGUCAUUUUCGCUAUUUUGGCGUCUGGUGCACUUGGGAACACUUCUCACCUGUGUGACGACAUAGCACACCUGGACUGUCAAACUUACGUCCAAGGCGACACUGACGAGGAAGUGUGUGAUAACAGAAACGUUUUGUACAAUAAUUUCUGCGAGUACAGCAAAGCAAAAUGUGCCGACGACUCGAUAUCAGUUGCCUCCCUUGGUCAAUGUUAUGGCAACCGCCCUGUGGAAAUAUACACCACCAAAGAACCUUCUAUAACGACACCUUCACCAACAGCACCCUCUGUAACGACGCCUACACCAGCACCGACACUAGACCCUCUCUUAUCGAUCUUCUGUCAGAAUAAGGAUACUAUCAGUUGUGCGGCCGAUAUUGACCCCGUCUGUGCCAGCAAUGGGAGACUUUAUAUCAACAAAUGUGACUUCACCCUGGCGUUGUGUGACGACACAAGUCUGACGUUACAGGACACACACAACUGUCACCACUGAGCGAAUAUGACGUAACAACCGCGUUGAAAUAAAAAAAAGUUUGAUAAAGUUGUCAUGACAA